AUUCCGUGUCCCCAUCUCUCCGCAGCGCUGUCAGUCCCCAUUAGCUCUAACAGGCUCCAGACCGAGCCAGGACUGGGAACUUUCUAAUGCAAUCGAUGCGUUACCUGAGGGCGCAGGCUACAUUACCAGCCCGCCCUCCGCCCUUCGCGGCCAGAGCUAACCAGGCAGAGCCCGCGACUCCACCUGACUCUUGCUGACCUCGAGGGGAGCUGGAUACGGGGGGCUGGGAACACAGGAGAAGGGAGCACAAGCCGGACAAGUCAUCGUUCCAGGAAGCCACCGCCCGCCCCGGCUCCGGCUGGAACUCGAACCCUGCUCGUCCAGUUUGAUCCCGCUCGCGUCCAUGCUCCCUGCCCGGAUGAAUCCGCAGGUGCAGCCAGAGUGCGGUGGAGCUGGCCAGGGCCCUGGGCAGCCUCCGCCACCUCUGCAACCCACUCGGAAAGCUGUGGAGCUGGUGUUGGUGAAGGAGCAGAACGGGGUUCAGUGCGUCCUUGCGCCCCGAGGCGGGGACUCUCAGCCCCGGGAGACUUGGGGCAAGAAGAUCGACUUCCUCCUAUCUGUCAUCGGUUUUGCUGUAGAUCUGGCCAACGUUUGGCGCUUUCCCUACCUCUGCUACAAGAAUGGUGGCGGCGCUUUCCUGAUCCCAUAUACCCUGUUUCUCAUCAUUGCUGGGAUGCCUUUGUUCUACAUGGAAUUGGCUUUGGGCCAGUACAACCGAGAAGGGGCUGCUACUGUAUGGAAAAUCUGUCCGUUUUUCAAAGGUGUUGGCUAUGCUGUUAUCCUCAUCGCGCUAUAUGUGGGCUUCUAUUACAACGUCAUCAUUGCGUGGUCUCUCUACUACCUGUUCUCUUCAUUCACCCUUAAUCUCCCCUGGACCAACUGUGGCCACCCCUGGAACAGCCCAAACUGCACAGAUUCCAAGCUCCUCAAUGGGUCUGUUUUAGGCAAUGGAACCAAAUACUCCAAGUACAAGCAUACGCCGGCAGCUGAAUUCUAUGAGCGUGGUGUGCUCCACCUUCAUGAAAGCAAUGGAAUCCAUGACAUUGGCAUGCCCCAGUGGCAGCUCUCUCUGUGCCUGAUGGUGGUAGUCAUCAUCCUCUUUUUCAGCUUGUGGAAAGGAGUGAAGACAUCGGGAAAGGUUGUUUGGAUCACAGCCACUUUGCCCUAUUUUGUACUCUUUGUGUUGCUGAUUCAUGGAAUCACUCUGCCUGGAGCCUACAAUGGAAUCACUGCCUACUUGCACAUUGAUUUCCGAAGACUGAAGGAGGCCACGGUGUGGAUUGAUGCAGCCACCCAGAUAUUCUACUCAUUAGGAGCUGGAUUUGGAGUUUUAAUUGCAUUUGCCAGUUACAACAAGUUUGACAACAACUGUUACAGAGAUGCUCUGCUAACUAGCACUAUCAACUGUGUCACAAGUUUCAUCUCUGGAUUUGCCAUCUUCUCCAUAUUGGGCUACAUGGCUCAUGAACACAAGGUUAAGAUCGAAGAUGUGGCAACAGAAGGUGCUGGUUUGGUUUUCAUCCUUUAUCCAGAAGCCAUCUCUACCUUGUCAGGAUCCACCUUCUGGGCCAUAGUAUUCUUCGUCAUGCUGUUGGCGUUGGGUAUUGAUAGCUCGAUGGGAGGAAUGGAGGCUGUCAUCACUGGCCUUGCAGAUGACUUCCAGAUCCUGAAGCGGCACAGAAAGCUUUUCACAUUUGCUGUCACCUUUGGCACCUUCCUGCUGGCUCUGUUUUGUAUCACUAAGGGGGGAAUAUAUGUGUUGACACUGCUGGAUACAUUUGCUGCAGGGACCUCAAUCUUGUUUGCUGUUUUAAUGGAAGCCAUUGGUGUUUCAUGGUUCUAUGGUGUGGACAGAUUCAGCAAUGAUAUUCAACAGAUGAUGGGGUUCAAACCAGGACUCUACUGGAGGCUCUGCUGGAAAUUUGUGAGCCCAGCCUUCCUAUUGUUUGUGGUGGUUGUCAGCAUCAUCAACUUCAAGCCCCUCAACUAUGAUGACUAUGUCUUCCCUUUGUGGGCCAACUGUGUGGGCUGGGGCAUUGCCCUUUCCUCCAUGGUACUAGUGCCUGCCUACAUUAUCUACAAAUUCCUGAGCUUGAAGGGCUCCUUAAGAGAGAGACUGGCUUACUGCAUAACUCCAGAAAAUGAGCACCACCUUGUGGCACAAAGGAACAUCAGGCAGUUUAAGCUCCAGCACUGGCUAGCGAUCUGACUGCACUCACCUGAGGAGGAACCCUGUCUUUUGUGAUGCGUUCAAAGGAGAUUAGUGACAAUGUCAAGGUUGAAGCCCUCUGGAUUGUACUUCACCCAUCACUCUUGAGUUGACCCAUGGAUUGUCUUAAGGGAAGAGAAUUUAUCUAAAAAUUUCUUUUCCUUCACUCAGUUACAAAUGAAUUCAAUGAAUCUGGUCUUUGUUUUCCUUUGAACCAUUAGUUUUAUGGACUAGUUCCUGAAGUAGAUUUGCUAAGGCUUAGGGGAGAUAUGGGAUGUGAAGGGAACUGGAGAGACUUGUGUACCUUCACUCAAAGCCUCUGUUACCUAGGAAAUAGUCAAGAUAAGAUAAUUGUCUAUGGCUACUGCUGGUAAACUCUUAUUUAGUCAUUUGGUUGCCAUAUUCUCUUUGAGAUCAGGCUGCAGGGACAAGUCACUGGAGAAAGAUGUUUAGAAGCUUGCUGCUAUUCCUAAUGUCUUACUGGACUAAUUCUGUAUCCUUCUGAAUUAUAUGGUAUGAACUGAUACUUUGUUAUUAUUCUCAGUGCUGCCCUUGGCUAAUACUUUUGUUUUCCAGAGAAGGAGAAUGGGAGAGCUGGGUCAUUUCUGUUCCAUUUAAGUUGUAAUGAGAUGGAUGGGUUUGGAAUUAUAAUUUAGGGAGCCACAGAUGAUGCUAUAAGUUAUUCUCUGAUGUAUUUUUUUUAGUAGUGGAAGGUGCUUAUCUGAAACUAAUUAUUAGGAGAGUUUUAUUUAUCAUGUGAGAUAGGUUCACUUGCCUUGUUCAGUUGGCAUCAAUACUUCAGUGGAUCCAUGAUUCAUUGCUGUGGGUGCUCCCUCCUCUGGUGCAGAUUGUAACCCCUCCACACAUUUUCCUAUCUUGGGGAAUUCUUGUGCAUAUAUUUCCAUCAAUUCUGCAUAGGGGAUGCUGGAGGUAUUCCUCCGGGUUGUUAUUUAAUGAAUACUGGUGCAGCACUCGGAGACUUCCAGCAGCUUAAACGUUUCAGAGGCAUAUCUUCUUCACCGUGUUUUCUGGUAUUUCUUCCAAAAAGAAAAAAAAAUCUUAGUCCAUAGCUAUAUAUGUAUGAAACCUGUAAUUCUUUAAGAUGGUGGUUUUAUUCUGAUCCAAAGAAACCAGAUCCCCAGCUUUGCUGUGGAAUGCAAUGAGGCCUCCCUUUCUGCCCUUUCUCAUCAAAUAACUAUAGUCAGCUCUUGAAUUCUGUGUUCAUUGAAAGGAACAGUGGCCUGGAUAAUCCAAAAAUGAUUCCAUUUGUCCUUGGGAUAACCAGUAAGCUUGUUGUUUGUUUUGUUUUGUUUUGUUUUUCAUUAACAACUCUACCUUCACAAUUUGUUGGCAUUCAGGCUUCUUUUUAAUGGAAUUUUUGGUUACUUGAGUCCACCCCUAUGAGUGGUGGGAGGGUGAAGUAGGAGCCUUCUAAGGGGCAAGGAUUAGCUACUCUGGAUUAAAGAUACAGCAUGGGGAGCUCACAAGUAGAGCUACCACAAGUAAGUGGGUAACUGAGAAAUGGCUGCAUCUAGUUAACAAUCAUAGAGAUGUAUGGUGCUGUUCUUAUUCUGUUCAGCUGAGAUGUAGGAAAACUCAUUCAUAGUCUUUGGGAUUGACCUAGUUGACUUUGACUUUUAGGGGAAUGAGAAAGAGAGCUUAGGACUUAGCUUCUUUGCCUAGUGCCAAAAUACAGCUUUACCAUUUGAUUAUAUUUAUUUGUUUUUAAGUCUAUAAAGGAUUCAGAUGUAAUCCACUCUGUGUUAUAAUAUGGGUUUCCAUCUUUGGGAUUCCCAUCUCAAAGGUCUCCCCUUAACAUUGUAUUAGUGAAGAUAGAUGUGCUGGCCAUUUCCCAGAAGUUAAGAGGGAAAGCGUGCAUGUAGUGGGAAAUUACAUUAAAUAAAAAGAUUUUUCAUUUCUGUAGGACUCUGAAAAUCAGAAAUCUCUUUCCUCAUAACAAUUCUAUUAGGUCAGCAGUGUCAGUAUCUUUAUCCCAAUUUUGCAGAUGAGGAAAGUAAGGCUCAGACAGUAAAGCAUAAUGAUUUGCCUGUGAUCAUAUAGCUACUAAGAGUCAGAAUUGGAAUUCAAAUUCACAUCUGCCAGCUCCCAAGUCAGCAUGCUUUACAUCUUAAAACACUGCCUCUCAAAAAAAAUGAGUCGGUAGGGAAUUAGCCAACUGACCUAAAAGAUGUAUCAAUUUAGGUCAGGUUCAGGCUGCAGAGUACUUUAAUUGGAUAUUCCAGUUCAAUAGUUUUAGGUAAUGUCAGUUUGAACUGGUUCACAUUUACUCUUAAAAAAUUAGGGAAACAAUAUUACGACUUGAAUUUGGUUUGCAGUUUGGCCAAAUUAAUGCUGGCUGUUUGUUUCUGGUUCACAGUUCAGCUCAGUUGCAUACUUACUGAGAAUAAGGACUCAGGUUCUCAUCAUCAUGCAAUGUUGCUGUUAUGCAGCCUUGGAAAGUCACUCCUUUCCCCACAUCUGUAGGCUAUCUAUCCUUUGAAAACUUCAGGCAGAAGUCAUGACCUAAGUGGUUUACAUUCCUGGAUCUUCUUUCCUUGAUGUCCUACCCCAAGUCUAGGUCUCUUUUCUCACAAAUCUCCCCCAAAUUUUAGAUUGAUAGCUGUACAUAUAUUUGCAGUCUCCUCACUCCACACACAUACACUAAGGAUUAUGCAGUAUCUAAUGGGGAAACAAGAGAAAAAAUGGGGAAAUAGCCUUUUGGAAAAUCCAAAGGCCUGAAAUGUGGCCUUCAGUUUUCUGCCACCAGAAGUCCUACAGAUUAGUAACAUCAUAUUCCUGCUCUAUUGGGGACUUCCCACUACAAAACAAAAGGAAAAAAAAAAAAGAAUCACAACAGAACCUUGAAAUGUUUUCCUGAACAUUUGAAUUACUAUAAGUGGGAGCCCAGGCAACUCUGUUCCCAAAUGAUAAUGAUGACAAUAGAUAUGGUAGUCAGCACAGGAAGUGAAUAACUUUCUGGAUUAUGAAUUUUUUUUUCAUUUUUGUUUUUAUGCUAAAAUAUAUUAAAGGAAACAAAAUAUAUAGCUUUUGUUUGAACAUUCAGAAAUUUAAUUCCCCAGCCUGGGUCACGGUCAUACUGAUCUGGUGGAGAGGUGUUCCAUAUUCCCUUGGUUGCUUCCAGUCAGCUUAAAAGGUGGAGAAUUGGUUCAUUCACUAAAGACAUAGGCACGCAUCAUGAAUGCCAUGGUUAGCUGGCAGGGACAACCUACACCUAUGAACAUAAGAAUUGCUUUCCUAGGUAAACACUGAGGCCAAUCAAUCCUAGGAUUCUUUCUUGACAGGGGCAUCAACAAAGGGUUUUAGGGGAAAUCAGAUACCAUUCUCUAGAGAUUCAAAGUAUGUCUCCCAAGGAAUUCAUUAUGGACCUAUCAUUUGUAGUGCCUCAAUUAAUACCACUAAAUCACAGUGCCUCCUCAUGAAAGUAACUUGAGUUUCAGGGGUAGAGUUUUUCAGUUACAAAAUAAAGUUCAUAGGAUAUUCCUAGAAGACAGGAGUUGAAGCAGAGAAGGAUUAUUUAUUUCUUCAGUUCCUUAAGGUAGAUGUCAAGAAUGGCUCAAAGACUGAACCCUUAGAGUUUAGCCAUGGUUUGGAAAUCUAUAUCCAUAGUUAAAGGUAAGGGCAAGCAGUGUCAACGGGAGUAUGUGACACCAUUAUGGUAGCUGAGUAGUAAGACUUUGUAAUUAAGAUUUAUGCUGAAAGUGGUAUGAAAAGUCAAAAUCACAGUAACUCUUAGAAUACCACUUACUCUUCCUUCCCUCAGCUGGUUAUUAGUAUGGGAAGCUAGAGAUCUUCAGUGUUAUGAUUCAAGAGCUGUUGCAUUCAAAUGGCCAAGAUGUCUUACCUGUGAGAAAAAAAAAAGGCAAAACAAAGUAGUGAAACGGAAGAGGAGUGAGGGCAUCAUUUAUUUUUGUCUAGUUGCUUGCCAAAGGGGAUUUAUUCAGCUGCUUUGCUUUGAUUACAGUAAUCACUCUUCGGAGAGUGGGACAUGAAAAGGAAAGGACAUUUGGAGGAAUGGAUGAGAACAAAACCUCAAUGGAUGUAUAAUAUCUGAUAGAAGAAGGGGGGGCAGAUUAGUUAAAAGAAAGCCUUUUAUUUUUCUGUAGCCAUCUGUAAUUCUUCAGUCUCUAGAUGGUUUAAACAAAGAAAAGAAGUAGUCCUAGCUUAGAAGUUCUAUCAUGCCAAGUCAUCUCUAGAAAAUGAACUCUCCAAGGCUAGAUCACUUACCUGGGAGGUGACUUGUAUCUCCAGUAUAGAUAGAUGAGUAAUCUCUCUUUGACCAGUGGAAAUCAUUCCACACUGGUGGAUUUGUGGUCACUGAUGAGGGUAUACAGUAACUGGGUUUGCAGUAAUCUUUCAGGGUUUGCCUUACACUCAGAAGCUUUGUAGAGAGGAGUUUCUUUGUUUACAUAAGUAAUAUUCUACUUAGUUUUUACUGCCUUUUUAUAAUAAAGGUUCCCUGUAAUAUGGGUACCUCUGCCUAUUGUAUAUUGCACUUUUGAUAUUUUUGCAGGCCCUUCUCCAUUGCCUCCAUUUUUUUUUGUUGUUGUUGUAAAGGGACAAAUGCUUUUAAAAUCAGAAAAUUAGCUAUUAGACAAUCAUUUGGUCUCACAGAGGCCAUCUCUACACCAUGAACCUAUUGUAAAAUCUGUAAGCCUUCCAAUUAAAAAACAUGUGAUCAAGAAGAAUGGAGUAUUGCCAACUAAAGCCAGAUACACCAUAUUCUAUAGUCCCAUUGAUGCCUUAACCUCUCAAAGAGACCUCCUGGGCUCGCUCUGUGUUUUCUCUUCUCAAGAAAUCAGUGUACGUAUCUAGCUUGAGUAAUCAGGAACUGAAGAAAUCUACCAAAGAGGUUAUUUCAUAGGAAAGAAGUCACUCCCAGGUCAAUUCUCUUAGAUAACUUUUAGAAGGAGUGGCAUACUUCAUGCUAAAUUCAAGAUAAAGGUGCCCCAUUUGUCACUCCAAUUGUCUCCAAAGUGAUUAUAAAUAUAUUGAGCAAAGAGAUUUGAUUUCUCCAAGCUGUACCCAAGACUUAAAUCCACCAUUCUAGCAUUUUCCUUUUGCAGUUGUUUAAUGAGAGAGAGACAGAGAGAGAGAGAGAGAGAGAGAGAGAGAGAGAGAGAGAGAGAAGAGAGGGAGAGAAAGAAAGAAAGAGAAAGAAGAAAAAGAAUUCAAUUAACCCCAUGUUCCAAUUUUUUUUUUUGUUAAGGAAUCUGAGAGUAAAAUAUCUACAUAUGAAUGCAAAUAAUGGGCUUGACUGACCCUGUUCUUACAAAACUUUGGUGUGUGUGGUGUAUGCUGUUGUUGUAUAUGCUUAAGAUGUUGAAAGCUCUGGUGAAUGCAGCCUCUUCUGAGAUGUCUGCCUCCUUUCCUCAAUCUAUGUGCUUUAAUGUAAAUAAAGACUGUUUCAAGUGAUUUCUUCUCUAUGUCAUGGGUUGUUCUAAUAUGAUAUGAAUUACCAUGUCUGCCCAAGAUUUACUUUAAAACCUGGUUUCCAUGAAGGAAAUGAAGAUAGAACAAUAAAGGAUAUCUUCUAUGCCA